AUGCUGGCGAUUACAUUAACCUGCUUUUUCCCAUUAACCCUCACCCUUCACAUGGCCGCCUGCGCGACGACACGCACCAAAAAUGAACUGAACAAGGGCACGGCCCCACCACGCAAGCGUCUCCUCUCCAAAUCUCUCUCCGACGACAGCACGCAACGCGACAGCACGCCACCCAAGAUUCGGCUCGUCUCGCCGGUUGGAAAAGAAUCGAUGGAAAACUUCCAAAACAAGCUGAAGGAUCUGCGUCGCGGGAAGAGUCGCGGCGGCGAGACUUCCGGCAGAACGAUGAUCGACGACGACGACUCGACACUAUGCAAAGUGCCGUCCCUCGACCGAUCGGCCAUCCACAGCCUCACCACCCAAAUCGAGCUGCCCACCGCCGAUACAUUUGCCCCU